AUGGGCAAUUUUCGCUUUCCGGUUAAGGUCAAGCUUCCUUCCACAUACUUGAAUGCGAGAGUCAUUAGAGACAACUUCAAGAGACAGCAGGUUGCAGAAAACGAAAUUGCAACAAAGGCUCUAAAAUACAUAGCCAGAAACACAACAUUACCACCUAGGACCAGAUUGGAGGCCCAAUUGAAGUUGAGUGUAAUGCCUAACUACACAAGAAUGACCCAGGUCAAAAACAGAUGCGUUGAAACGGGCCACUCAAGAUUUGUGCUCAGCGACUUUAGAUUGUGCAGAACCCAGUUUAGAGAGAAGGCCAAAAACGGCGACUUGCCAGGCGUCAAGAAGGGCGUAUGGUGA